AUGUCGAUUCCUAACCAGGCUCUGGAGAAGUUGAUGAGGGAGAUUGAGGGCCAGGCGAUUGCAGCCCAACAACAGAUUGGACAGGCGCGGUCGCAGACGGCGUCCAAGCAGCGUGAAAUGCGCAUGCUGCGUUUGACUUUGGACGAGGUUUCCGGGCUCCCGAGAGGGUCCAAUGUGUUCGAGGGAGUCGGCAAAAUGUUCGUUGCGCUACCUACGCCAAAGCUCACAGAGAAACUGGACACUCAGAUCAAAGAUAAGGAAAACGAGGUGGAGAAGCUUGGACAGAAACUGCAUUAUCUUGAGACGACCUUUAAAAACAGCCGACAAGCGAUUGAUCAGAUGCUCAAGUCCCAGGGUGCCUGA